ACAAGUAAAAAAGAGACCUAUCGUCAUUAUCUUCAGGCGGAGGAACGGAGAUGGCCGCCUUUACACCUCUCGCUCUUCGCUCUCCUCUGUACCUUCCUCCUCCAUCUGCUAUAAACCCUAAAUUUCAUUGCAUCAACAGGAUACCACCGGCUCGUCUCUUCUUUCCUGCUAAACCCUUUCCUUCUCUAUCCAUUCGAAACCUCGAUUCCAUCCAAAUCAAGGCAUCAUCGUCUACCUGUACCCCGAUAACUCCGCUCAAUCCGGCGGCGAAAUCCACCACUACUCGGUCAUCGACACUCACAGGGUCGACUCGGUCUCUCGCCACUCUCGCGGCUUUAACAAUCGCUUUAGCCAGAGCCUUAGCCCAGAAACUCUCUCCUGGAAUCGGAGACGCUUUGCGAUUCUCCCUCAGUACGGCGGGACCGGUGUUCUUCGCGUCGGUCCGGGAUCGGCCGCCGGGAUACUUGAACACGCCGCUUACGGUUGUGGCGGUGGGGAUAAAGAAGUGGCUAGAUAUAUACAGUGGGGUUUUGAUGGUUAGGGUUUUGCUGAGUUGGUUCCCUAAUAUCCCUUGGGAAAGACAGCCUUUGUCCGCCAUUAGAGACCUCUGCGAUCCUUACCUGAAUCUCUUCAGGAACAUCAUCCCUCCGAUCUUCGACACGCUUGAUGUCAGUCCAUUGCUUGCUUUCGCUGUCCUUGGCACUCUCGGUUCCAUUGUCCACGGCAGCACCGGAUAGAUAAUUGACGAAAUCGUUCAUCAGAUGAAGAACUUUGAGCUCUUCGAGGGUUAAUGGGUUUUGGUUUUUUAGAAUAUUUGAAUGGGAAGUUUGCAUUUUUAUGUUUCUCCCAAUAUUAGGUGAAUUGGAAUUUGAUCUUGUUGUUGUUUUCUUAAUGUUGGAUACACAAAUGACACUGAUGAGCUUUGUCGUUUCUUUGAAUUUGAUUCUGAAUAAAUGAGAGAUUUUGGAUUGUUGAUUAUC